AUGCUAAGCAUUGUCGACUACCAUGCUACAGCACCGCAGAGUUAUACCCGCGGUUGCCUCUCUGCUUAUGCCGAAUCCUUACUUCACGUCCAAGCACUGCAGACACAUCUAGCCAUGAGUCAGCGUCUUGCUCUAUCACGUCUGCACCAUAGAUUCCGACAAACCUUGUACGUUGGCGCUAUCCGUAACUUAGACGUCUCGUGUCGAGGUCGAUCUCUCCCUGCCAGUACCCCGAUCUGGAGUGUCCUCUCGGGGCGCUUCUCUUAG